AUGUGGCUCUCUCUUGUGUGCAGUAUUCUGCUGCCACUUGGGGUAGUCAACGCACAGUCUCAGUACCUCAAUGACAAAACCAAAGAAUUCGUCGUCAAUGGGUCUGCCCUUCCUUUCGUCGAUUUCGACAUUGGCGAGUCCUACGCAGGCUACCUCCCCAACACGCCUUCUGGCAUCUCGAGUCUAUACUUCUGGUUCUUUCCUUCUUCCGAUCCUAAUGCGUCCGAUGAGAUCACCGUCUGGCUGAAUGGCGGCCCAGGAUGCAGCUCUCUAGCUGGCAUCAUGCUCGAAAAUGGUCCCUUCCUCUGGCAACCUGGCACCUACCGACCCGUGCGCAACCCUUAA